AAGCUAAGGCACUGAAUGCGCAGAUAGGGACCAAUUUGUGUCAGUCUCGUUCUGUGAAGAUCAGACCAGAGCAGCAGCGGUGCAGACGCGGUAGCAGUAGAAGAAGGAGUAGCAUACUAUAAGGAAGGGAAAAGACUAGAUAGCCACACAGCUCUCUCUGAAGAAGGUGGCAUUGCCUUCCUUUCUCCUCCUCCUCCUGGAAUCCAGAUAUGAAGUGAAGGUUAAAAUGUUCUGAGCUUCUGUCAAACCUCGGGAGUUCGGUUGGUCCAUUCACAGGUAGACUAGUAUCAACAAACCGAUACAGACAACGCGAACACGUACAUUUUUGUUGUUUUUUGUUGUUGUUGUUGUACUGAAAGCAAAGCCGGAGGCUUCGAGAACGGAGUGAUAUCGUCCAGAAUCUCUCUCCCAUCUACAACCGUCGAGAUGAAUACCAACGACGCUAAGGAGUAUCUCACCAGGCGGGAGAUACCUCAACUGUUUGAGAGCCUGUUGACAGGGUUGAUGUACUAUAAACCAGAGGACCCUAUAGACUACCUGGAGGUGUGUCUAAAGAAGGUGAGGGAGCUCGGGGGACCAGACAGGGUCCGGUGGGACACAUUCGUCGGCCAGGAGAAGAAGUCCCUUCCCCCCCUCAACGGAGGACAGUCACGUAGGUCCUUCUUCAGAAACGUGCUCCCAGACAGUCCCAACUUCCCAUACCGGCGCUACGACCGCCUCCCUCCCAUCAGCCAGUUCUCCAUUGAGAGUGAUUCAGACCUGUCGGAGACCGCUGAACUCAUCGAGGAGUACGAGGUGUUCGACCCCUCCAGACCACGACCCAAAGUCAUCCUCAUCAUCGGAGGGCCAGGCAGUGGUAAGGGAACCCAGAGUCUGAAGAUAGCAGCGUGCUAUGGGUUCCAGUAUGUCUCUGUAGGAGAGCUGCUCAGGAAGAAGAUGAUUCACAACGCCACCAGCAACAGGAAGUGGAGUCUCAUCGCCAAGAUCAUCACCAAUGGGGAGCUGGCACCUCAGGAGACCACCAUCACUGAGAUUAAACAGAAGAUCAUGAAGAUUCCAGACGCUAGCGGGAUCGUGAUUGAUGGGUUCCCUCGUGAUGUGGGACAGGCGCUUUCUUUUGAGGACCAGAUCUGUACUCCAGACCUGGUCGUGUUCCUGUCCUGUGCUAACCACCGCCUGAAGGAGCGCCUGGAGAAGCGAGCAGAGGCGACGGGUCGUCCUGAUGACAACCCCAAUGCAACAGAGCGCCGCCUCACCAACUUCAAACAGAACACCAUCCCCUUGGUCAAAUACUUCCAGGAGAGGGGACUCAUCGUCACGCUGGAUGCAGACCGAGACGAGGAGGAAGUGUUUUGUGACAUCAGCAUGACAGUGGACAACAAGCUGUUUCCCUCCAAACAACCUGUCGCUGGCCCCAGUGAGCUGGAUCUCAGUCUCCUAGGAGACAAUACUAGUCUGGUAGACGUCCCAUUCAGAAAUGAGGAGCAGGUUGAAGAGGAGGAGGAUGAAAUGGGGUAUGCUGAAGGGACUGCAGAGAGGUAUCCUACAGACAGGAAGAAACCUAAAGUUGUCUUCCUGAUGGGUGGGCCGGGCUCAGGGAAGGCUGUGCAGUGUGAGAGGAUGGAGGAGAGGUUCGGGCUGCGUCGUCUGUCUCCUGGUGACAUCCUGUGUUCUGAACUACAGUCUCAUAGUGAGAGAGGACGUUACCUACAAGACCUGCUGGAGAGGGGGGAGAUUCUACCUGAGGACACGAUGCUGGAGCUGCUAUGUGAGUGUGUGACGUUAUCUCUGCGGCACGGGAGGGGCGUACUCGUAACCAACUUCCCCCGAGACCUACGACAAGCUCUGGAGUAUGAAGCUAAGAUGGGGGAGCCCAGUGCUGUGGUGCUGUUGGACUGUUCCCCUGACACUAUGUUCUCCAGGCUACAGUGUCCUGUCCUGUCCCGCUCCACCCCCCAAACCACAGGCAGCCACCAAGAGAGAGACAGACACAACAGCAGGAGGGUAGAGGGAUUCAACAGCAACUGCCAACCUGUGACAUCACACUACCAACCCAAGAGGCUCCUACACAAGAUUGAUGCAGAGAGGUCUCCUGAAGAGGUGUUUGCUCAGAUCUGUCAGGCCAUGGACUCCUGCUAGAGGAACCCACGCAUCUCUACAACAUCACUACCACCACCCAGAGGUCUAUCUACUACCACCACCCAGAGGUCUAUCUACUACCACCACCCCAGAGGUCUAUCUACUACCACCACCCAGAGGUCUA